CCUGUGCUCGCUUCUUCCUUCUUCAAUUCAUCACUCCCAUCACUGUUUCUUCCGCUCUCAUCGCUAACAGCUCAUGGAAUUAAAGAUCUCAACGAUUCAAAAGGGAAAUCACCAUAAUCAUCACCACUGCCUAUCAUUUUCGAUCUUGAAUUCUAGGUGACGAUCCGUCAUCUGUCCAGCCAGUCGUUCCCGGUUGUGGGCAUGUGGCCAGCCGACUUCGUUGAGUCUUCUUCUUGACGCCAUCUUUCUGAAUCGCGGUGUGAUGACGGCGGGAUUGAGAAGGAAAAGGUAUGUGAAUUGGUUGGGGUGAUUCGAUGCUAUUGUGGCUAGGGCAGGGGUUUUGGGUUUUCUCCCCAUUUAGUGAAUGGGGACGGGUGGUGGGGAAUAUACACUGAGGGCCGAGCGCCCUCCCGGCCCAUUUCCUUUUUUUUUAAUAAUAAUAAUAAUAAUAAUAAUAAUAAUUAUUAUUAUUAUUCCUAAUCCGCGGUUUCAAUGCUUAGUACGUAACCGUUAAUCCAACCAUUCACGUAUUAUGGUCGACCCUGAACCCAAAGAUCGGGGUGUAACACUUAAUUACUUUUCAUUGUCCUUUGUGAUGUUAUGUUAGUAACUUGUAUUACUUUUCAUUGCAGAUGGCAUUCCAAAGGUUCACGCUUGGGUUGCUGUGGAAUGGUUAAACGGAAGAGACCGAAAAGGGUGUAAGUUACGUCGGUGGCAAUUUUUAUAAAAUGAAGGUCCGUACGAGACCGAUGCUUGAAGAGCUCCAUCAAAUGUGCACUCAGAUUACUUGCAUGGAUGGCACUAGAAGAGUUGAUCAAAUGGUGUAUCGAUAUCCAAACAGACAUGACGGGUCACUGUGGAAUGAGGAAUUCCUCCUUACCACUCAGGAGGACGUUGAUGCCAUGGUCCAAUUUUUGAACACCAAUAAAUUUAAGCAAGCGGAGAUGUUCGUUUACACUGAUGUCGUCGAAGCCAGUGUAGGUCAUUUUGGAGAUGGCCAAACAUCUGGUAUCCACGGUGGGAGUGUAUUAUACGAAGAUCAUCCCCACCUGGAUUUCCAAGACUCGAGCUAGAAGCAGGAGUAUCAUCAUGGAAGUGGAGGAAGUCAUCAAUCCUUCCCUUCAUAUGAAGAAGAAGCUCAACAGGCGGAUCACAACCAACAAGCAGGCUACCAGUACCCACCCGAGGUACAACUUCUAUCAAAGCGGUGUUAGUUACCACAACUACCAUUACGGAGCUUGUGAAGGUGAAGGUGCCUUUCAUGAUGAUAAUCAGAUGGAAGAAGAGGUCAAUCCAAGUCCAGUUAGUGACCCUGAGGUUGAAGAAGAGGAAGGCGAAGUUAGUGCAGACAGCUUCGAUCCGCUGGAAGGUGCUGAUGAUUCCGGUCCAAAUUCAGACGCAGAUGGUGAUGAGGUACCUCACGACCGUGUGCCUAUUCCAUACUACAAUCACAUUCAAAUUGAAGAUUGGUAUGUUGAUGCAGACAUGGACCCACCAGAUGUGCCAGUAUGGGGUCCACUAACUGGCUUUACGAAGGGCCAACAAUUUGCAACGAAGAAUGAGGUCCGACACGCUAUUUCCACUAAAGCAAUGACUCGGAGUUUUGAAUGGCAAACAACCCAUUCCGACACAAAGAGGUUGAUGGUUCGAUGCAAAAAUGAAAAUGAGGGAUGCAAAGCUAGGGUCCGGGCCAUCAAGAGCAAGAGAGUCGACCAUUGGGUCAUAUCCCGUGCGGUGAACACACACACAUGUGUGUCAUCAAUAACAUCCCAAGGUCAUCGACAGUUGAAAUCAAGGGUGGUUGCCGCGGCUAUCAAACAUCUAAUUGAGGAGUAGCCCGACCUGAAGGUGAAAACCAUCAUCGCCCACGUUUCUAGUCGUUAUGGUUAUAUCUAAUAAACAUUAAUUUUAACAUAACUAAAUAAUAUUAUAAGAUGCAAUAUUAAUUAAAUCAAGGUUGUUUUAUAGAAAUAUACAUUGUCUAAUAAACAUUAAUUUUAACA